AUGCCUCGCAGACUCUUAGAAUCUAGAAUUUUAUCCUUAUCUAAGUCUCAAGGAUGGCAAUGGCCUCCUUCUGAUUUAACACUAGAUGAAAUUUGUGAUCGCCUCAGAUCCGCAUAUCCAGACUAUCAACGUCAGAAGAAAGGACAAUUUUUUAAAUAUUUAUCCAUGCUAGCACACCAGCAUGAUGGAAAUUCGCUCAAUAACAAUUUUUGUAAAUUGUACGAUAAAACAAAACCCGUUAAGGAAACAGAAGACUAUGAUAUUUUACCUGAAACUGGAAUUAAAACUAGACUAUCAGAUAUAGGUGGAAUUGAUUCACUGCUGAUAGAAAUUAGAGAUUUAAUAAUUAGGCCCUUGCUAUAUCCAAAAAUAUAUACCCAUUUAGGAAUUCAACCUACAAGAAAUGUAUUAUUGCAUGGCCCUCCAGGGUCAGGUAAAAGUAAAUUGGCAGAAGCCAUCGCAGGAGAAAUUCAAUGUCCAUUAUUUAGGGUUACAGCUACCGAAAUUGUCAGUGGAAUGUCUGGCGAAUCUGAAUCUAGACUUAGAAAAUUGUUCCAAGUAGCCCGUCAAUAUGAACCUUGUAUAAUAUUCCUAGAUGAGCUAGAUUCUAUUACUCCCAAGAGAGAAAUUGUAACUAGAGAAAUGGAAAAAAGAAUUGUUGCUCAGCUUGGAGCUUGUCUAGAUCAGUUGGCAGAAUCUCAUGUAAUAGUCAUUGGCGCAACAAAUCGGCCUGAAAGUGUUGAUCCAAUGAUAAGAAGGAAUGGUAGAUUUGAUAAGGAAUUAGCUCUUGGAAUUCCCAAUUUAAAGGCUAGAGAAAGUAUUUUUCAGGCACUAAUUAAAAACGUGAGGACUGGGCCUUUAGAUUUACAUAAAUUAGCAGUGAUGACACCAGGGUUUGUUGGUGCUGAUCUGCAUUCUGUCACCAGAGAAGCAGCAGUUGUGACCAUUAAUCGCAUUUUUGAAACUCAUGAUCCGGAAAUUUUUAAUGAUGUUGAUAAAGCUCCUAUGGAUACUAAAGAUUUAUGUGUUAUACAGCAGGACUUUGAAACCGCAAUAUCCCGAGUACAACCAUCGGCUAAGCGUGAGGGGUUUGCCACAAUUCCAGAUGUUACAUGGGCUGAAGUUGGAGCUUUGACUAAUCUCAAAAGGGAAUUAGAGGAACGUAUCGUUUCGCCGAUUAAAUAUAAGGAAAUGUAUAUGAAAUUUGGUAUUGGAAUUCCCGCUGGAAUAUUACUCUAUGGCCCACCUGGAUGUGGUAAAACCCUAUUAGCUAAGGCUAUUGCCAGGGAAAGUAAUGCGAAUUUUAUAUCCAUUAAAGGGCCUGAAUUGUUGAAUAAAUAUGUCGGUGAAAGUGAAAGGGCGGUGCGCUUAAUAUUCCAACGUGCUGCCACCAGUGCCCCCUGUAUAAUUUUUUUUGAUGAAAUCGACUCUAUUUGUCCCAAAAGAGGGAUAGAUAAUAAUUUGGCAUCUGAACGUGUUGUAAAUCAAUUGUUAACAGAAAUGGAUGGAGUUCAGUCCAGAGAAGAUGUAUACGUAAUAGCCGCAACUAAUCGGCCUGAUAUUAUUGAUCCUGCAAUGUUGCGUCCAGGUCGAUUAGAUAAAUUAUUUUAUGUGCCAUUGCCUGAUGAACAAAGUCGCGUUGAAAUAUUAAAGACGGUAACAAAAUUAAUGCCUAUUUAUGAUGGGAUAGACUUUGAGAGAUUUGCCAAGCAAACUAAAGGAUUUAGCGGUGCAGAUUUGGCCUGUUUGGCAAGAGAAGCUGCAUUAAGUGCAUUAGAAGAUAUUAAAUUAUAUGAUAAAGAUGUUAAGAUGUCAAACGUACAUUUUGAAAGGGCAUUGGCCAAAACGAAGCCAUCAGUAUGCCAAGAAGAUUUGAAACUUUAUUGUGGUUUGAAUAAUCCCCAAAGAUUUUGA